CUGUCAAAAUCAAACAACUCUGUUUUUCUCACAGCCAAAAACAGAACAGACAAAACAGUCUCUGCUCUGCUCUCCAAAUGGUAUACGCGUCUCUCUACAAGUACCCUUUACCUUCGCUUUCGCCACCUCUCUCCUUCCCUCUUUUUCUCCAUUAAAUCUUAUGUAAUUUUCUAUAUUCUCUGUUUCUGCUUUCUUCUUCUUCUUCUUCUUCUUCAUGGGUGCUAAUCUAUCUUCCAUAUUCGUUGACCCAAAUGCUCUUUCUCUUUAUGGCUCUUUAUCACCUCAAUCCACAACGCUAAAACCGACUCUUGGGGACUUGCCAGAGGGCUGUGUUGCUUCGAUUCUUGCUUAUUUAGAACCACCAGAGAUAUGCAAAUUGGCAAGAUUGAACAGAGCAUUUCGUGGAGCUUCUUGGGCUGAUUUUGUAUGGGAAUCGAAAUUGCCUGUAAAUUAUGUUCGUAUAAUUGAAAGAGUUUUUGGUGAUGAUUUGCCAAGGAAGUUGAGUAAGAGAGAGAUUUUUACUCGAUUGUGUAGAGCUAACACUUUCGAUGGUGGAACAAAGAAAGUAUGGCUAGAUAAGAUUGCUGGUGGUGUUUGCUUAUCCAUUUGUUCAAAGGGGUUGGCCAUAACCGGGAUAGAUGAUAGAAGAUACUGGAAUCAUAUCCCAUCUGAGGAAUCUAGAUUCCACUCCAUUGCAUACCUUCAACAAAUCUGGUGGUUCGAGGUUGAUGGACAAUUUGAGUUUCCAUUUCCCGCGGGAACUUAUAGCCUAUUCUUCAGACUACAAUUGGGGCGAGCUGCCAAAAAGUUUGGUCGGCGCAUUUGCAAUGCAGAGCAUGUUCAUGGUUGGGAUAUAAAACCAGUGCGGUUUCAGCUAUGGACAGGUGACGGUCAGUAUGCUUCUUCCCAGUGUUUUUUAACUGAUCCUGGGAAAUGGAAUCUGUAUCAUGUUGGGGACUUUGUCGUUGAUAGCACAAAUUUAUCAAUGAAUCUUAAGUUCUCCAUGACCCAAAUCGAUUGCACGCACACAAAAGGCGGUCUUUGUUUGGAUUCUGUAGUAGUAUACCCAUGUAAAUUCAGAAAGGUUAAAGCAUUUUUGAACCGCGUUGUAACCUUGUAGACAAGAAGGAUAUUUCUAGUGAGUUAGAGCAUCCUUGUAAGAGUAGUUUCAUUUGUAGGCCUCGUUGUAUGAGUUGAAUUGCAGGCAAUUUGUGUAUAUUGCCAAUUUUUGUUGAUUGAUAAGUGUGUCUUUUUCUUUAAUGAAGAGCUCUUCUUGUACA